AUGCCGAAGAAAACCCCAACGACGCCACUGCUCGGUCGGUCGAGCCCCUUCACCGGUGCGCCCGCUUCGGCCGUCACCGAGUCGCCUACCGUCCAAAACACCCGGCGCAAGCUCCAGUACAACUCCCAGCUACCGAUCCCCUGCGCUGGCAAGAAACCGACGAUCCAACUGGUCGGCUCGCUGAAGAAGUUCCCCGUCAAGCGGCCCUCCGACAAGCAACAGCUGCCGGAAAGCGGCAAGAAGAAGAGCACCUCGAUGAUCGACCUGUCGUCGGCCGUUCGGAAAAGGGGCACUCGGGAGCCAGUUGGCACGCGACAGGACACCAGCAGCGGCUCAGUGUCGGCUCGACUGGUCGACCCAAAGACCGAGGCCGAGGUCGAGGUUGCGGGUGGGUGCGCACCGAUGCGCUGGCCAGCGGUCCUUCGUAGGGACGAAGGGGCACAGCGGGACUCGAGGGCGGCGAGCCUCGUCUGCCGUGUGCUCGUGGUGAACGCUUGGAGGCGCAGGAGGGUAGAGUCGGGCGAGCUGCGGGCCGCCCUGGCCGGCGUCACCCAACAGGUCGACCACCUCCAGCUGCAGAUAGUCGUGCUGAGGAAGCUCCUCGACAAGGAGAACUCGCGCGUGGCGAGCCUCGCGGGGGAGCUCCACCGCGCCAAGGCCCAGGCGGACGAGACUGCCCAGGAACGGGACCAGCUCAGAAUCGCGAAAGAGGGGGCCGAGGUGGAGGCGCGCAAGGAGCACGAGAUCGUCGAGGAGCAGUCGGUGACGGUGGAGAAUCUGCGGAACGAGCUGCGCAGCGCGCGGGACCAGAUCGACACGCUCGACAAGCAGAUCGCGAGGGACCGGGAAAAGCUGCUCAGAGUCAGGGAGGAGAGGAAAGCUCUGCUCGAAAAGCUCUCGGCGAGCGAGGCUUUGGCCGAGGAGAGGAACGCUCGCGCCACGAAGGCCGAGUUGUCUCUCGAGGACACGCAGAUGCAGCUGGCCACUCAGCUCGCCGUCACCAGUUCCCUGCAGGAGGAAGUCCAGAGAUGCUUGAGUCAAAUGAGAGACCGGGAGGAGCAAAAGGCCGAGCUGGAGGAUACGGUGCUGAGGCUGGAGAAGGAGAACACGAGGCUGGACGAGCGACUGCGGCUGGGCGAGGAAACUGAGCGGACGCUGGGCUCGCGGGCCGAGUACCUCGAGAGCCAACUCGUCCACCAGGAGAUGAAGAUCCGACGCAUCCAGGCCGAGUGCAACGCCCAGAUGGCCGAGCUGAACGACCUGCGGGAGCGCGUGCUCCGCCAGUCCCAGGAGUGCGGCUGGAGCGACCGGGUCCUUCAACUUGCCGGUAGCUUCGUUCGCGCGCCCACCAUGCUCCUACGGACCCUGUCCUUCUUUUCCAGCAGUACGACCCUGAUUUUUUAA